AUGAUUUUUUGUGUUGGUGCAAAAGUCCUGUUGGGAUUUUGGGAUAAAACUUCUAACAGCUGUGCUAUUGGCUAUAACUGGGUGAAAGUGCUCUGUGAAAAGCAGCUUUCCGCAGAUGCAGAUAAGAAAGAAGGAAUUAAAAACUUCAAGGAACUUCGAGCCAAAUUUCAAAACACAAUAGAUACUCCACUUCUUUCCGGGCCUAAUAAAUGCCCAGCAAGUGUCUCACAAAAGAGUUACAUCACAAGUGUACAGCCAAGACAGGUUUUGACCAAUGGAAAACCCUUCUCAUCCAAACCAAAUCAGCCCUCGUCAUCUUGUCCCAGUGGUGAGUCUCGGCCUCUUACACUUCAGAAUGACAAACUGACCCAGAGCAACCAAAUUCAGAAAUGUUCUACUUCCCCAACAUCUCUAAAAGGGGCUUCUGGAUCAGCCAUAAAUUCACGGAAAGCCUCACUGCUAGCAGAAAUGAAUCAACCAGAUAAUAAAGUAACUACUAAAGAAAAAGUAAUGGUGGCCUCUAACUUCAGAGACAAGCUUCGCAACUGGGAGAAGUUUUCAGCUCAGCACAGUGAGAAGCCAUCAGCCAACCUCCUUGCUAAUUAUGGACGUAGGGAUUUCCAUCUGAAAGAGCCAAAAAGCCUGGGAUGUUCUCCAGAGAAGUUAAUGAAAAGACUGGGAACAAAUGACUCUCAGAUUCUUCCUUCCCAAAGACACUUGAACGUUGAACCAAAACCACUUGCCUGCAAUGAGGAUUCCUCUACUCUACUUUCACAACAUGAUGGGAAGAGUCUAGAAAGCCACAGUCCUGGGAGGAAAUCCACAGGGAGCUCCUCCCCACUCAUCUCUGAGUGUGAGCCUGCCAGCCAAGUAACAGAGGAGCAAGAGAGCAUAAGGAACUAUCAGCUUCCUAAAACAAAGCCAUUACCUUCAGUGGAGUCUCUGGGUCCUCCGCCCCCAAAACCUCCAAAGCCCCCGGUGGUGAACCUCCAGGCCUUUAAGAAGCAGGCAGCUGCUCUUUCCAAGACCCAAAGGGAAGCUGCUGUGGAAGACAACCUGCCUCCAGAGAGUACUGAAUUUGAAGAACCACAUAAUUAUGAAGCAACAAUUUCAUAUCCGAGACACUCUGGCAACUCCAUUAACCUGUGCACCGCAGAAGAAAUUGCUGAUUCAACUUAUGAUGUUAGAAUUGAAGAACUCCAAAAGCUGGACGAGAGUUUUCUCCAUCAAGAAGGCAGUCCUAAGCAUGAAGUUGAAGAUCAGGAUAUGAAGAAAAAGGACUCAUGCAAAUUGGAAUCUCGGAAAACAGAAAAGGACCUCGUUGUAAGCAAUCGUCCCAAGGUAUCUGUGUUAGUGAAUUCCUUGUCUAACAAAGAAGACAAUCAAGAACUAUAUGAAGAUGUCUAUAGAAUGAAAAGCAACUACUCAAAGUUAGAUUUAGAUGGUAAUGAAACCCUUAGAAGGCUACGACACUUCUUCAGGAAAGAAAAGGAAAGAUUUAAAAUGAAGAGAGACAAGUCUAAAGAAAAUGUAAGUGAAUUUUCCAUCUCAAUGCCUGAUUUAGAAUUUAGGUCUCCAGAAACUGUAAUCUAUGAUGAUGUGGACUGUCCUGGAAGAAAGUCAAAAGAAGAAAGUAAACUAAAAGCUUGGAAGCCUAAGUUUUUGCUGUCAAAAGAAAACAAAGGGAAAAAAUCUCCAGAUGAACCAAAAAGAUUACCUCCUAUUAAUUUCUUCAGAACCAGAAACCAAAACUUGGAAAAGAAAAUGGACAAAGAAGAAAAACUUUUUAGAAAAAGAUUUGAGUAUGACAAAGAGAUUAUUGUCAUCAACACAGCAGUGGCACGUUCCUGUAAUUCAAGAAAGGGAAUAUUUGAUUUACCAAUAACCCCUGGAGAAGAACUGGAAGUCAUUGAUAUUGCUGAGCAGAAUUUAGUCAUAUGUCGCAAUUCGGAAGGCAAAUAUGGACAUGUGCUAAUUGAACAUCUAGAUUUCAAGUAA